AUGACAUCUGCCACACCCCCUUCCUCUCGUAGCUCCUCACCUCAGAAGGUGUGCCACUCCCAGACACAGACAGAUGUUUUAAAACCCUUGCUUGGUGGUGGCGUUUCUGGUGGGGCCGCGACUCUGAGGAAGAGGAGGCGUGUCCUGUCCAAAGAUGGCCGUAGCAACGUGCGCAUUGAGCAUGUCAGUGGACGGACUGCUCUGUACAUGCGUGACCUCUGGACAACAUUUCUGGACAUGCAGUGGCGCUACAAGUUCUUCCUGUUCACGGCCACGUUUGCGGGGACUUGGUUCCUGUUCGGGGUCCUGUGGUAUCUUAUGGCACUGGUGCAUGGAGACCUACUUGAGUUCGACCCACCUUCAAACCACACACCCUGUGUGAUGCAGAUGCAGACCCUGACGGGGGCUUUCCUCUUCUCCCUGGAGACCCAGACAACCAUUGGUUAUGGUUUCCGAUGCAUCACUGAGGAAUGUCCGGCUGCCAUUAUCCUCCUCAUCGUCCAGCUCGUCAUCACCAUGCUGAUGGAGAUCUUCAUCACUGGUACCUUCCUCGCCAAGGUUGCUCGGCCUAAGAAGCGGGGUGAGACAGUGAAGUUUAGCCAGCAUGCUGUGGUGUCGACCCACGAGGGACGACCCUGCCUGAUGAUCAGGGUGGCCAACAUGCGCAAGAGUCUCCUGCUCGGGUGUCAGGUCAGUGGAAAACUGCUCCAGACGUCUCUGACAAAGGAAGGCGAGACUGUUCGUCUGGACCAGAGGAAUGUGCCGUUCCAAGUUGACAUGUCCAGUGACAGCCCCUUCCUCAUCCUGCCCCUCACCUUCUACCACCUCAUCGAUGACAACAGCCCCCUGCGAGCCUGGGCAGCCAAGGGUGGGGGCUGGACGGAUCCAGAGUUGGCAGACUUCGAGCUGCUGGUGAUCAUGAGCGCUACAGUUGAGCCGACCUCCGCCACCUGCCAGGUGCGCACCUCCUACCUGCCGGAUGAGAUUCUCUGGGGCUACGAGUUCCCCCCCGUGGUCUCCCUCUCCCCAUCGGGCAAAUACGUGGCGGACUUCGCCUUCUUCGACAAAGUGGCCAAGACCAAGACCACGCCCAUCUUCAAAGCAUCCAGCCCCCAGCAUGUGUACCAGAGCAACGGGUGUGGGACUGUGCCUGAGGUGUCUGAUCCAGAGAAGAUCCGUCUGGAGCAGAGCUACAGGGAGAGAGGGGAGGAGAGAGGCCGGGCGAGAGACACUCCUCUCAGUGUUCGCAUCAGCAACGUGUGA